AUGAAGCUCGUCCGCUUCCUCAUGAAGCUCAACAACGAGUCGGUGUCCAUCGAGCUCAAAAACGGCACCGUCGUCCACGGCACUGUCACAGGCGUGGAUAUCCAGAUGAACACGCACCUCAAGACGGUCAAGAUGACCGUGCGCGGUCGGCCCGCGGUGACGCUCGACACGCUUUCGAUCCGCGGCAACAACAUCCGGUACUGGAUCCUGCCAGAUGCGCUGCCGCUCGACAUGCUGCUGGUGGACGAUGCACCCAAGCCCAAGGGCAAGCGCAAGGACCCGGCCAGCCGCGGAGCACGCGGAGGCGCGGGCAUGGACAGGGGAAGGGGGAGAGGUAGGGGAGGCAUGCGCGGCGGACGUGGUCGAGGCCGUUGA